AUGGAUUCAUCCAAAAGCAGUUCGUUGCUGUUGGUGGCUCUACUCUUGUUGCGGGGGAGGUGCGAAUCAAGUAUUUUCCAGAAACACAAAACCCAUGUCCUGAUAAGAAAUGACAUGCAGGAACAACUCGACAUGACGGUCCGCUGCAAAUCCAAGGACGACGAUCUCGGGGUGCACGUGAUCCCUCCCGGAGGGUCUUACGGAUUCAAUUUUAGACCCAACUUCUUCUGUACAACACUGUUCUGGUGCAACUUCGAGUGGCCGGGCGCAUCGCGGGGUUAUAAGGUGUACGACUGCCAGCGGGAUUAUGAUCGGUGUUUCGACUGCACUUGGAGCAUUAAAUCGAGCAGCCCGUGUCUGUAUAAUGCCAAGACUAGUCAGUAUGACCUCUGUGAUAACUGGUAG